CUUUCAGUUACAAUAGUUGUUGGCGUGUCGUCGGUUUCAGAGCGUUUCGAAAACCCAAUUUCCGUUCCAAGACGCAGUUGAAACUAAAAACUUAGAAAUUACUAUUUAACGCGCGCGUAAAAUACUUCAGUUUGUGCAAUUUUAGUGACGGGAUAAAUAACUCAAAAGCUAACCCCUUUCAAACCAUUAGCUGCACUUGUGUUUGCACCUCUAAACGAAUAUAUUCUGAAUUUCUGAAAAAAUAAAUCUCAAGGGUGGAAAUGUCGCCGGCAGAUGAUAAUUCCUUUGCCACAACGAAUGGCAACAAGAAGGCCACCUACACUUUGAUAUGUAUUAAAAUUGUGGAAUUGUGCCUGCUAAUAUGCUGCCUGGGCUUGAUCGACGAACCGGCCACCAACUCGCACCUGCGAGUGUUCAUCACUCCGCGGGUAAUGGCUCUGUGCUAUGUGACCUUUGGUGCCUUGGUCAUCUACACAGCGAUCUAUCUGAUAAUGGCACUCUUUGGUGAUUUAACUCCCUGGCGUACAGCUACUCUAUGGUCCCUGGUGGGUUUCAUUCUCUUUGUGGCCGUGACCGCUCUGUUGUUCCGGGACUGGAGCACUACCAAGGAUCGCAACUACUGGCACCCGAAUAUGCAUCGUCUGGAUCUGGUGAUGGCUUCCGCUUCGAUUUCCUUGGUCACCUCACUGGUCUUCUUGCUGGACAUCCUUCUCACCAUUCGCUUUGGCGUCCAUGGAGAUCUGGAAUGACAUGGACGGACAUGGCGUGGACUGUAAUAUUUAUAGCUCCAGCUUAGGUGUAAGGACACACAUUCCCCCCAGUCUCCCAGCUAAUUAGAAUCCCACAAAAAAAAAACAAAGAAUUGCCAUCAUCGAAUUGAAAAAUGUACAAAAAAGACGACGUCCAUGGAGAGAGUUUAAAGUUUUCUACGCAUCGCCUGCCCUGUUUUUUUGUUUUUCUUUUAUUAUUUAGCUUAUUAAAAAAAGCAUCACGAACGUUUUAUCUAAACCAAUUAAUAAGUAAGAACCCAACACGAGUAAAAUUUGCUACUAUUUAAUGUCCAAAAUGAAAAACAAA